AUGUUAGCGCAGGAUGAUAAUGAAAAGCGUCUUCGUCUGUACGAGACAAUGAAGAAUAGAACUUUGGCCGGCAACUGUGGCAUUGGCGUGUUUGUCAUUGCCCUUGUUACGGUGGCAUUGGCAUUCGGUACGCCUAGCUGGUUGGUCAGCGACUCCAGAAUAAGAGGCGCUAAAUUGGAUAGAUUGGGAUUAUGGAGCCAUUGCUUCAGAUCACUCCCUGAUCCUCUCGAUCAGUACCAGAGGCGGUUCUUUGUUGGAUGCCGUUGGGUGUACGACCCUUUCACAACAGGGUAUGAUAGAAUACGUGGAUAUUUACUACCAGGUUUUAUGAUUGCUACACAAUUUUUUUUCACUUUGUGUCUGCUUGGGGUACUGAUAUCAACCAUAUUAGUAUUGAUGUUCUUCACUUGCUGUAGUCCUGACCAGAACAGAUUUGUGACAUUAAUCAAAAGUAUUGGAUAUACUAUGUUAACUGCAGGCAUCUGUGGAGUGAUAGCCGUAAUAGUCUUUGCAAGUUUAGGAAAUACAGAUGGUUGGAUGCCGGAUCAUCCAAAUAAUUAUUUAGGUUGGUCUUUUGGUCUAGGUGUAGUGGGUGCUGUCGCUUGCCUUGUCACCGCCUCCUUAUUUUUGACGGAAGGCGAUAUUCAACAGAAGAAACUUACUAAGUUUAAAGAAUCUCAAGCUCGUUUUGAAAUGGAAUACGAAUCAAAAGCGUAA